CCCCUCUCAGGUCCAGAAAAAAAGGCCCCCAGUCCCCCUUAAAGAGACACUCCUCUCCUUCUGCCUCCCUCUCCGGCUGCCCUUCCUCCUCCUCCAGCUGCCCUUCCUCCCUCUCCCCCCAGACCAAACCCAAACCCAGACCCCCCCUUACCCCACCACCUGUCCACCAACCACUACAACUUCCUGCUAGAUGGAGAGUAGGAGAAGAAGGCAGGAAGGGAGUGAGUGAUACGGGUUGGGGUCAUGGAGGGCUGAGAGGUCGUGGGGGGGUCAGGGUUAGGGACUCAUGGCCGAGCGGACGUCAGGAGCUUCAGAUGAGGAACCAAACAUCUGUCACCAUGGAGAUUCCACAACACUUUAGGACCGCAACUAAACCUCAACGACAGACCACUACUCAACCCCAACCUCAACUCCAGACCACUACUCAACCCCAACUCCAGACCACUACUCAACCCCAACCCCAGACCACUACUCAACCCCAACCCCAGACCACUACUCAACCCCAACCACAGACCAAUACUCAACCCCAACCUCAACCGCAGACCACUACUCAACCCCAACAUCAACAGCAGACCACUAUUCAACCCCAAUGUCAACUCCAGACCACUACUCAACCCCAACCUCAACCGCAGACCUCUACUCAACCCCAGACCACUACUCAACCCGAACAUCAACCCCAGACUACUUCUAAGUCUCAACCUCAACCCCAGACCCAGACCACUACUCAACCCCAACAUCAACACCAGACCAUGGCCCCGCUCCCUUCCUGGUCGCUGUGUCUGAAGGGUACACCUUCUGUCCAGAACGCUGAGGCAGCCUUCCUGUCCCUGCUGCUCUUCUGCCACAGUGGCUCCAGUAGCAGUAAGAUUGCAAUUGACAACAAGAUUGAGCAAGCCAUGGACUUGGUGAAGAGCCACCUGAUGCUGGCUGUGAGAGAGGAGAUGGAGCUACUGAGGAAGCGGAUCAACCAGCUGUCAGAGAGGAACGCCCAGCUGGAGAGAGAGAACUACAUACUGAGAGCACUGAGAGACAGACAGAGACACUAACGCACACAUCCACGCACACACCCACGUACACACUCACACACACACACACAGAGAGAAGCUAACAGUAUUAGUACAUGCCUUUCAUUUUCUAUUUAAAUGGGUGUCUUGAAUAAUCCUGUAAAAUGUGUAUUUAUAUUUAACCUUUAUGUACCCAGGCGAGUCAAGAACAAUUUUUUAUUUACAAUGACAGCCUGGCUAUGAUGAUGAUGAUGUCGUCUCGUGUAAUGAUGAUGCUGUAGUUAUGAAGAGGCCUGGUUGCCAGUGUCUAUAACGUUCCACUUCUUAGCCUAUUCCAUGUCGUGCGCCAAUGGCAGUUAAUGAGUGGAAUGUUAGCUAAACGGAGACUGGUAACCAGGCGAAUGAAGAGGGGUUCUGAAAGAGAACGUGUGAAAUGUGCAUAUUCUGUCAUUCUGCCAAAAAAA